AUGGCCAUCACGUCCGUUCAGAAUGUUCUCCCCGGUCGUUAUGCGAUCAACUCGACCGAGAAGAACGCCGCGAAACCACCUCCUAAAAUCUAUAACGUCCAAGAACCGCCGUUCAAGGGCUACCACCCGCCACAGCCGGAGGGGUAUGAGCAGAGCCGGUCCAAGGCCGACUCCACGGCCAUCGUGAUAGAUAAUGGCUCCAGUCUGGUCAAGGCCGGUUGGUCGUUCGACAAAAACCCGCGCUUUAUCAUCCCCCCUGUCAUGAGUCGGUAUCGCGACCGCAAGCUCAACAAAGCCUGCCAAUUCAUCGGGUACGACGCCUACGUCGAUGCGACGACUCGCGGUCAGCUGCGCUACGCUUUCGACCCCGGCACCAGCGUCGUGGGCAACUGGGACGUUAUGGAGGGCGUACUCGACUACCUGUUCAUCAAGCUGGGAGUCGACGGGGCCAAUGGCGGCGUUGACCGACCCAUUGUGAUGACGGAACCAAUUGCGAACCUGAACUACCCCCGACGGAUGAUGAACGAGAUCCUCUUCGAAUGCUACUCGGCGCCCUCUGUCGCCUACGGCAUCGACUCGCUCUUCUCGUACCGGUAUAACGGCGGAACCGACGGCCUCAUUCUCUCCUCCUCCCACACCUCGACCCACGUCAUCCCCGUGCUGAACAGCAAGGCUCUCCUUUCCAACUGCUCGCGUCUGAACUGGGGCGGAAUGAAUGCGUCGGAGUAUCUGCUCAAGCUGAUGCGGUUGAAAUACCCUACGUUUCCGGCCCGCAUGACGGAAGCCCAGAUGGAGGAUCUCGUCCACAAGCAUUGUUACGUGUCUACGGAUUACGACAAGGAACUCAGUAGCUACUUGGAUUGGACUGGGCUGGAGGACCGAGACCACGUCAUCCAGUAUCCCUAUACGGAACAUGUGGUCCCCGAAAAAUCAGAGGAGGAACUCGCGCGGAUCGCGGAGAGGAAGAAGGAGAGUGGACGCCGGCUGCAAGAGCAGGCGGCCAAGAUGCGCCUGGAAAAGCUGAUGAAGAAGGAGCAGGAGUUGGAGUACUACAAGGAUCUGGCGCAGAAUCUUGCGACGCAGACGAAGAAAGAGGUCCGACGGAUCCUGGAGGCGGAGGAUCUGAAGGACGAGGCCCAUCUGGAGAGACUGAUCCGUGAUCUGGAACGGUCUAUCAAGCGGUCUCGAAACAAGGAUUUGGGGAUUGAGGAAAAUGAGGAGAAUCCGGAAGAUAUGACCUUCCCCCUACUGGACGUUCCGGAUGAACAGCUGGACGAGGCGGGCUUGAAGGAGAAGCGCCACCAGCGGCUGAUGAAAUCCAAUGUGGAAGCUCGUCAGCGGGCCAAGGCGGAGAAAGAACGGGAGAAGGCUCGCCGCGAGGAGGAGGAACGCCUGGACCGGGAGAAGCGGGAGAAUGACUUUGAGAACUGGGUGUCGGAACGGCGGGCAGCGCGACAGAACAUCCUGCAGAAGAUCAAGGAACGCGAUCGGAUGAAGGCCGAUUUGGGUAACCGCAAGUCGCUCGCCAGUCAGAUGCGCAUGAAGACUCUGGCCAACCUGGCGGCCGAUGGCCCGAAGAAGCGACGCCGGGGCGGCGACGAUGACAACUUUGGUGCCAAUGACGAGGACUGGGGGGUUUACCGCACAGUGGCUACGGGCGAACAGAGCGACGACGAGGAAGAAGAGGACCUGGGUGCGAUGCUCGACAACGUGGAGAAGGAGCUCCUGGAGUAUGACCCCGAGUUCACUGAGAACCACACCCUCGCGGCGCAGUCGGACUGGACGAAGAGCUUAGUGCAUGUCUUCCUCCGUGGGCCGUGGCCGUUUGACCCGGAGAGCCAACGCGAGGCGCAUCAGCUGCACCUGAACGUCGAGCGCAUUCGCGUGCCCGAAGUCGUCUUCAAGCCGUCGAUCGCCGGGAUCGACCAAGCCGGGUUAGUGGAGAUCGCGGCGGACAUUGUGAACCAACGAUUCUCGAACCCCGACGACCAAGCCAAGCUGCUGCGCGACGUGUUCCUGACGGGCGGCAACAGUCUCUUCCAAGGAUUUGACGAGCGCUUCCGCAAGGACUUCCGCGCUUUCCUGCCGACCGGCGCGCAACUGAAUGUACGGCGCGCCGCCGACCCGGUGCUGGAUGCGUGGAAGGGCGCGGCGCAGUGGGCGUCUGGACCAGAGCUGGGCAAGUCGUCGAUCUCGCGACAGGAGUAUCUCGAAAAGGGCAGCGAAUAUCUCAAGGUAGGUGGCAUUGCGGAAGGAUUCCGAGUGGCUGGGAGUACCGUGACUGACAAGGUAUAUAGGAGCAUGAUCUGGGGAAUGUGA